GCCAAUUGCUGCGUCUUUCUCAGUAGCCAGUCUCGCCUGCGUUUCGACGGAUUAUUUCACCACCCUCUUUAGGCAUUUGCCUCUCUCGAUAUCCCCGGCGCCCGAUCUCCGAGUUCAAUCCCGCGCGUAUUCGGACCUACCACGACCACCCCCCUCGGACCUGCGGCAAACAACAAUGAUCUGGCGGAGAUCUUCUAGAUGCAGCUUACCGUGAAAUGAGAACCGAUUCUUGAUUCAGGAGCAUAACGGUCGCUUCGCUUUUUUGGGGGGAGCCUAUUCCGAACACCUGAAUCGCCUUCACCAUGCCUUCAUCGCCUGACUAUGUACAUGCGCACGACCAGUCCAGUAUUCUUGGGGACUCGGGUUCAGACGACGACCUUGAUUUGGAGGAACUCGAUCCCGGUACGGCAUCUCCUCAUGGAUCGCCUCGGAUGUCCCGAGACGGGCUGGGUAGACAACGAAGCCAUGGCCCAGGGAUAGCGCUGAGGAACCUUCGCAUGGGGGUCGGAAACCGAAUAUGGAGACAACCCUCUGGAAGCCAGAGAAGAUCGGAAGAUAGGGAAGGUCUUCUGGACCAUCGCGACGAUAAUGGACUUCGAACGUCACACGCCAGUUCUCGCCAAUUCAUGGAUGACGAUGCGCCGUUGCUGAACGAACGCAGGCGGAGCUCUGCUCGAUCCUUUGGAGACGUUGAGCGGGAAUCGCAGAGCGGAAGCCGGUUACGCUUCCCAGGCAUCAAGGCGGCUAGUAUGUUGUUCGGCGCGGCAGCUCGAACGACAGCCGGUGGUGAUGCCUCGCAACCGAAGCCCCCGCGUGAUGUCCUUGUUGGCCAGGCGCAACGGUCGAAAUACCCCCCGAAUAUUGUUUCCAACGCCAAAUACACACCCUGGAGUUUCCUUCCGCGUACACUCUAUAACGAAUUUUCCUUUUUCUUCAACAUUUACUUUCUCCUUGUCGCUCUUUCGCAGAUAAUACCCGUGCUCCGGAUUGGUUACAUGUCGUCCUACAUCGCACCACUUGCCUUCGUCGUCUGUAUUUCGCUCGGAAAGGAAGCCUUGGAUGAUAUCGGCCGACGGAGAAGAGAUGCCGAAGCAAAUGCUGAGACUUUCUCUGUGCUCGCUUUCGACAAGCCGCUCGGCGCAAGAGCGGUUUCUUCCACUGGCAAUGACCAUUCUAACGCCGGAAAUGUCAUGGAAAUGACCAAACGAUCCCGGGAUCUGAAAGUCGGCGAUGUGCUGAAAAUUCGCAAAAAUCAGCGUUUGCCGGCCGAUGUCGUGAUCUUGAAAAGCGUUUCCAAUGACUCCGGCAAUUCCCAUCAAGCCUCCACCCCCAGAGUAUCUACGGAUCUCAUCCAGUCAGAUGAAGGGCCGUCAUCACCCUCUGCAAGCCAUGAAAACCCCGACCCGCGCUCCCACGCAGAUGACGGGAAUUUCUCUCCUGGCAGCGAUACUUUCAUACGAACGGACCAACUCGACGGUGAAACCGAUUGGAAACUGCGCCUGCCCUCAAUUCUAUCUCAAAAUCUAUCAUUCAAUGAUCUUCCGAGGCUUAAGGUGACCGCGAGCGCCCCGGACAAGCAAGUCAACGACUUCGUCGGCACCCUUGAAUUGGGACCUCCGUCCGGGUUCUAUGACCCUCACAUGGAUAAGGCAGACAAUGGAGGGGACUAUGAGAACGAGGAUCCGGGGGCCAACUCUGCUCCUCUUACAAUCGACAACACCGCAUGGGCCAACACCGUCCUCGCAUCAAACACAAUCACCUACGCCGUCAUCAUUUAUACUGGCUCGCAGACGCGAGCCGCCCUUUCAACAUCUCCAUCUCGCUCUAAAGUAGGACUGUUGGAGUACGAAAUAAACAACCUUACUAAAAUUCUGUGUAUCCUCACUCUUGCUCUGUCUAUCGUUCUGGUUGCUUUGGAAGGAUUCCAACCGACCAACGACAAGGAGUGGUACAUUGCCAUCAUGAUAUAUCUUAUCCUGUUUUCCACAAUCAUUCCCAUGAGUUUGCGAGUGAACCUGGACAUGGCAAAAUCGGUAUACGGUCGCUUCAUCGAACGAGAUCAAGAUAUCCCCGAUACGGUGGUGAGAACAAGUACGAUACCCGAGGAUCUUGGUCGAAUCGAGUACUUGCUCUCCGACAAAACGGGGACCUUGACCCAAAAUGAAAUGGAGCUGAAAAAGAUACAUGUCGGGACGGUCUCAUACGCGAACGAUGCUAUGGAAGAAGUCGCCUCGUAUGUCAAGCAAAGCUUUGCUGGUCCCUCUUUGACCACCGCUUCGGCUGUCUUCGGCGCUCAGGCUGGAGCUGCGGCCGCAGCGCCCCGUACGAGGAGGGAGAUUGGCUCGCGUGUCAGAGACAUCGUUCUAGCUCUCGCCCUCUGCCAUAACGUCACACCAACCAUGGACGAAGAAGAUGGUGUGAAAGUCACAAGCUACCAGGCUUCGUCGCCAGAUGAAAUUGCCAUUGUUAGGUACACCGAGGAAGUUGGACUCAAACUAGCAUAUCGUGACCGACAAUCAAUUGUCCUCGAAUCGACUCACACGGGAAAUGUUGUUGUGCGCGUCCGCAUCCUUGAUAUCUUCCCUUUCACAUCAGACAGCAAGCGGAUGGGGAUUAUCGUACAGUUUGAAACAGAGGGCGGAGUACUAGAAUCGCCCCAGCAGGACAGUGAGAUUUGGUUUUAUCAGAAGGGUGCGGAUACCGUCAUGUCGACUAUCGUUGCCGCAAACGACUGGCUCGACGAAGAAACCGCUAACAUGGCUCGAGAGGGGCUGCGAACCCUUGUGGUUGGGCGAAAACGACUAUCUUCGCUGCAGUAUCAGGAGUUCAGUGGGAAAUACAAGCAAGCCUCGUUGGCUCUCCAAGGACGAGAUGCUGGGAUGGCCAAGGUGAUUGGCGAGUAUCUCGAACGUGAUUUGGAGCUCCUGGGAGUCACUGGUGUUGAAGAUCGUCUCCAAAGGGAUGUCAAGCCUUCUUUGGAGCUCCUUCGCAACGCCGGGGUUAAGAUCUGGAUGUUGACAGGAGACAAAGUGGAAACGGCGCGAUGUGUGGCGAUCUCUGCCAAGUUGGUGGCCCGAGGUCAAUACAUCCACACCGUCGCCAAAGUGAAGGAUAAGUCGACAGCGCAGGAAACGCUGGACUUCUUGCGCAACAAGACUGACUGCUGUCUUCUCAUCGAUGGCGAGUCGCUUGCUCUCAUGCUCAGCCAAUUCCGGUCCGCGUUCAUCUCUGUUGCCGUGCUUCUCCCGGCCGUUGUUGCCUGCCGGUGCUCUCCCACCCAGAAGGCUGAAGUUGCCGAUCUGAUCCGCCAUCACACCAAGAAGCGAGUCUGCUGCAUCGGAGAUGGUGGAAACGACGUGUCCAUGAUUCAAGCCGCCGACGUCGGGAUCGGUAUUGUUGGUAAAGAAGGUCGUCAGGCCUCGCUGGCGGCCGAUUUCAGUAUCACGCAGUUCCAUCAUCUCACCAAACUCCUCGUCUGGCAUGGCCGUAACUCGUACAAGCGGUCUGCCAAGUUAGCCCAGUUCAUCAUGCACCGCGGUCUUGUCAUCAGCGCCUGUCAAACCAUGUACAGCAUUGCCAGCCACUUCGACCCCAAGGGUCUCUUCAUCAACUGGCUCAUGGUCGGCUAUGCCACCGUGUACACCAACGCCCCGGUCUUCUCCCUCGUUUUCGACCGCGACGUCGACGAACAUAUGGCCAACCUCUACCCCGAAUUGUACAAAGAACUCAAGACCGGCCGCAGUCUCAGCUACCGCUCGUUCUUCACCUGGGUCCUCGUCUCCGUAUACCAAGGCGCCGUCAUCCAAGGUCUCUCCCAGAUCCUCCUCGACACCAUCUCCGGCCCGCGACUCAUCAGCGUAUCAUUCACCGCGCUCGUCAUCAACGAGCUUCUGAUGGUCGCCAUCGCCAUCACCACCUGGCACCCGGUCAUGAUCUUCUGUCUCCUGGGCACUGCUCUCCUUUACGCCGCCAGCGUCCCCUUCCUCGGCAGCUACUUCGAUCUCGAGUAUGUCAUCACUGUGGACUGGGUCUGGCGCGUGUGCGCCGUGUGCGCCGUGGCCGUCAUUCCCGUCUGGGCCGGGAAACUGAUCAAGCGAUCCUGGAGUCCUCCCAGUUAUCGGAAAGUCCGCGGUUAACAAAAUUAGAAAAUUAUCUUACUCUUGUCGUUUUUAUUAUGAGAUUGAUUGAUUCAUUUGGCCAUGAAGUGGGGUGGGUGUUUGGAUCGGAGCGAAUGAUUCCCCUUUCUUUUCUUUUCUUUUUUUCUUCUAUCAUCAUUGCUACCAUUAACUACCCUUUCCUUUAUCUUUCUUUCUUUCUUUAUACCUCUUCUCUUCAUUUCUAUCUUCCCACUGUUAACCACCAUCUGUGUCUGUACUAUGGUUAAAUCAUCCAGCCAACGUCUUUUUCUUUUUCUCACCUUUUUUAUUCUUGUCGUUGAGCAUUGUUUUCUUGCUUUGGUAUAUAGACUAUUUACUUACCUACUACUGUCCAACUGUUGAAAUAUUACCCUGUAUUUGAUCAUGGCUUUGGUGGGCUUCUUUUGAAGAUUCUCUCGGGAGAUUAGAUUAGACAUGUACCUAGGUUCUUCUACUAAUUAAACCUGGACAUGGGAUGACAGAAAGAGAUAG